AUGACGAUUCAAGUCGACGCCGCCGGUCCGUCUUCGCUGGAGAUUCAGCAAUCGUCGCCGCAGCAAGGCAAGGCGCCGAUCAGAGUGAUCAUCGCGGUGGCUGCGAUAGCCGCCGGAGUCCAAUUCGGGUGGGCACUACAGCUCUCCCUCCUAACCCCAUACGUUCAGCUCCUCGGAGUUCCCCACACUUGGGCGGCGUUCGUGUGGCUCUGCGGCCCAAUCUCCGGCCUCCUCGUCCAGCCGAUCGCCGGAUACUACAGCGACCACUGCAAAUCCCGAUUCGGGCGGCGCCGCCCCUUCAUCGCCGCCGGAGCCGCCCUCGUCGCCGUCGCGGUUUUUCUGAUCGGAUUCGCCGCCGACAUCGGGGUCGCCAGCGGCGACCCGCUCGGGAAGGCUCCGAAGCCGAGAGCCACCGCCGUGUUCGUCGUCGGAUUCUGGAUCCUCGACGUCGCUAACAACAUGUUGCAGGGGCCGUGCAGGGCUUUGCUGGCGGAUCUAUCCGGCGGAGAAGCGCGGAGGAUGAGUACAGCAAACGCGCUCUUCUCCUUCUUCAUGGCAGUCGGAAACAUCCUCGGCUACGCCGCCGGCUCCUACACCCACCUCUACCGCAUCCUCCCCUUCUCCAAAACCACCGCCUGCGAAGACUACUGCGCCAAUCUCAAAACCUGCUUCAUCAUCGCCAUCUGCCUCCUCCUCACCACCACCGUCCUCGCCCUCCUCUUCGUCACCGAAUCCCCCCACAAGCCCGCUGCAGAGCCAGAUCCCGCAAAGAAGAAGCAGAUCCCGGUGUUCGGGGAAUUAUUCACCGCGCUGAAGGGGCUUCCUCGCCCAAUGUGGAUCGUGAUGCUCGUGACAGCAUUCAAUUGGGUCGCGUGGUUCCCUUUCCUCCUCUUCGAUACCGAUUGGAUGGGGAAAGAGGUGUACGGUGGCACAGUGGGAGUGGGCACGCUCUACGACCAGGGCGUCCACGCUGGCGCGUUGGGGCUGAUGAUCAACUCGGUCGUGCUGGCGUUCGCCUCGCUCGGGGUGCAGUUCCUGUCCAAGGGGUACGUUGGGGUUAAGAAGAUUUGGGGUGGCGCAAAUUUCCUCCUUGCCAUCGGCUUGGCUAUGACCGUCGUCGUGACCAAGUCCGCCCAGGGCUCGCGCCACCAUGGCCCCGAUGGCGUGCUGCUGAAGCCGGACUCUGGGGUUAAGAUUGGGGCUUUGGCGAUCUUCGGGUUCCUUGGAAUCCCUCUGGCGGUGACUUUCAGUAUCCCUUUCGCUCUGGCGUCGAUUUUCUCUAGCGAUUCCGGGUCUGGACAAGGUCUAUCACUUGGACUUCUAAACCUUGCAAUUGUUAUUCCACAGAUGUUUGUUUCUGUCUUGAGUGGUCCAUGGGAUGCCCUCUUUGGCGGCGGAAACAUACCGGCAUUCAUCGUUGGAGCAGUGUCCGCAGUCGUUAGCGGUGUUUUGGCCCUGACUAUGCUCCCGUCGCCGCCUACCGGUGCCUUGACAAAUGUGAGUGGCGGAGGGGGUCACUAGCUACCAAAUUCAGCAUCUUGUGAUUCUUAUCAUCAUAUACAUUCACCUUCAAAUUAAAUUGGGACUUUAAAAUUUUUUUGCCCAAAUUAUUUUUU